AGUCCCAUAUGGUGCCAUACAUUAACCUUUUUUAUUUUACAUGCUUGUCAAUAUAUCAAUAUCAAUGAUAGUGCAAUAAAGUAACAAAAGCAAAACUUGGAAAUUGCUUAAGUUUACGUAACCAAAAAAGAACUUUUCCAUAAUGACUAAUGAAAAGUUGAACCACCCAAUGUUAGUUUGGGCUGCCUGUAUAUUAUUAUGGUUCAUAUCAAUAUUUUCGAUAUGUUGGUCCUUACUUCUAUUCUGUGCUAUCGGAGACGUAUUAAUAUUAACUGGCACAGAUGUGGUGAACGCGCUUGUACUUCUCUUAGGCAUAAUAAUGCUGCCAGUUAACCUCUACAUUAUUUAUGCUGUUGCCAAAGGCGAAGAGAUCGACGUCAAAGCUAAAAUAAUAUGCUGUCAAUUGCGCUUCUGCUUCUAUUGGAUAAUACUUAUAAAUAUAGUUGGCGUAGUUUUCUGUGUCCAAAGUAUUUGUAAUAGUUAUGAGAUUACUACGAAUCCCAUUAUCACAAGUAUGAAGAUGUACAGAGCAACGGCAAAGCACAAGCGAUUCAUAGAUAACCUGCAGUGGUCGUUAGGAUGUUGCGGCCUGAAUUCGUAUAAAGAUUGGUUCAAAUAUGAUUGGCAUGACAAAGUUCGCGAUUAUGAGUGGAGCCCUCCGAAUUCAAGGGAUGUGAGAUCAUUAAAUGAUUCUAAGGAAGAAACUGAUAGCGUUCCAUUGAGUUGCUGUAAAAGCGGAUCUUGUGUAUCGAGUUUUCUGGAAGAGCUGGGCACCGAGUCGAUAAACACAGAGGGAUGUAUCAAUAUGGUACAUCGUAUCAUCAAAGUAUUUAUGUGUGCUCACAUUCUUAUGUUCGUCAUUAUUAUAGUGUUGGAGGUAUUUUUAUUAAAAUACACUAAGAACGUUACCAAGAAAAAUAAAUCGUUUGUCUAUAAAUACUGCAGCGAUCGCUUCAAAAAGACGUUCAAUAUUAAAAAUAUAAUGCCGGUUAACGACAAGUUUGAGGUUUCCAGUGGUUCAUAUGAAGAAAUUGAUUCUAUUAACCACCAAUAUAGCGAAGACCAUGAUAAGUGAAUUCAUACACCUUUAUGGGAUAAAGUCCCCUUUUCCCUUUUGAGAUACGGAACCCUAAAAUAUAAAGCACCAUCCAAAUUGUGAUGAAAAACUCUUCAUUCAAUUUAAAACACUAUUAAUAAAUAAAAUAAUUUAUUUUUAUGUGGAAAGCAUGUUAACAGAGAGCGCUUUAUCUUAUUUUAAAGUGAUUAAUUUUUUAUCAAUUUAAUGCCACGUUUUUCAUUUUCCACUGAACCAUUGAUUCACAAUUUUUGACGAUUUCUAAAUUACCUGUUGCCUCUGUAGUUAUUUUCAAUAAACAUUGUUUUGAAAUUAUUAA